UUUGUUUCUCAUCAUCUUGGUGAUGUGGAAACGGGUAGCUUUUACAGUGGAACUGUUUGGGCAGGCUGGCAAGGCCAUCAGAGCCAUGCCUUUCCUGCUGAUCCAACCUUUCUGGACGUUCAUCAUUCUCAUCAUAUUCUUUGUUUAUGUCACCAUCGUCUUCAUUGCAAUCUCGGCAACAGGCUAUCCCCUAGUGACUGAACCUCAUGGCUAUGUGACCUACAACCCUCCACAGCCUGUACGCUAUAUGUGGUGGUACCAUGCUAUAGGGUUUAUCUGGACGGCUGAAUUCAUUCUUGCCUGCCAUCAGUUUGUCAUUGCUGCAUGCGUUGUUGACUGGUAUUUCACGAGAGACAAGGAAAGUUUUAGUUCUCCUAUCCUACGCUCUACCGGUCGAUUGAUCAGGUAUCAUAUUGGUUCCAUGGUGUUUGGAUCCUUCAUCAUUCUACUUGUCAAGGUACCCCGAGCAAUCCUCAUGUACAUCCAAUACAAAUUGAAAGACAGUCAGAACCCGAUAGCUCAGUGUAUUCUCAAGUGCCUCAUAUGCUGUCUAUGGUGUCUAGAGAAGUUUCUCAAGUUCUUGAACGAACAUGCCUACAUCAUUAUUGCUAUUGAAGGAGAUGGUUUCUGUAGUUCUGCUGCAAAGGCCUUCACAGUUCUGUUGUCGAAUGCCCUGCGUGUAGCGGCCAUCAAUUGCGUAGGUGACUUUGUCCUCUUCUUGGGCAAGCUGAUGGUUGUCGCUAUCACAGCAGCAAUUGGUGUUGCCAUCAUGGGGACGAACGAGAGUCUGCUCUUCUAUGCCAUUGCGGCAUUGAUAGUUGGAAUAUUUUCAUACUUUAUAGCAAGCAGCUUUUUUCUUGUUUAUGAGAUGGCUGUGGAUACCCUAUUGCUCUGUUUUUGUGAGGAUGCUCGCAUCAACGAUGGCUCCCCUGACAAACCAUACUUUAUGGAUAGAGAUCUUAUGGAAUUUGUGAGUAACAGUACUGAUACUAUCGAUGGCUUGGAGAACAAAAAACGAGUAAGGGUGCCUACUGAAGAGCAACCAGAAACACAUUCUAAACCCCCACCGUCUGUUCCUUCUGAUGCUGAAGAUCAACCUGAUUCUGCUCAACCAGCUACUGAAUCACUUACAUCACCGGAGCCUGCACAGCCCACCCAAUCAGAUAAUAUUGAAAUUGAGGUUCCUGAGGGAGACAGAGGAGGAACCUCUCCAGCUGAGGUAUAAUGACUGUCCAUUACAAACUGCCUUCAACAAGCCGCUCAACUUUCUUGUUUUCAUCACCCAUGUUUCCUUAUCUUCUGUUCCUUUUAUGGAUUUGAUUUUAUGAUUUUUUGUCAUUUCUUUGAGUUUAAAACUAAAUUUUGAAAUACUGUAAUGUUUUGAGAAACAGGGGUGAUUCACCAACAGCUAAAAUCAAUGGUUGCAAGAUGAAGACCAAUCAGAUAUUUGAUUUUAUCUCACUUCAAAGUCGAUUUAAUUUGUUGGUGAAUUACCCCCAGUUAUACAUUUACAGUGUACUAAUUAAUACAGUGUGCCCCCCCCCCCAACAAAAAAAAAAUGAGAUUGGUCAAUCAUAUAUCAUAACUUAAUAAUAAGUACGAUAGACAAAUGACCUAUCAUUGUAAGCUUAGAGUCUCCUAUUUCAGCUGGUAUAACACAGAAGAUUCCUCAUUCAUACAUGAAAGAGUAAAAACAAUUUGAAGAGAGGAUACCAAAAAAGUCACUUGGUGGGCAGUAUGUGUGUUUAAAAAAAAAUCACAUUUUGAAAAGUUCAAUAUCUGCUCUUUAAUUUGAUACCUCAAUCACAGAAAAUGGUCCAGAAAUAACAGUUCUGUUUCUUCGAAAUAAGACUUGAAGUCUAGACAGAUAACUCAACACUCCGUUUUGUUGAUGAUCAACCACACAUAAAGCCUUCAUAAUUGUGCGAUCGAUUUGGUGGGAAACCGGAAAAAACAUUUAAUGGAAUUAUGAAAAUACAAGCAUUGUUUCAAAGAAACAGAACUUUGUUAUUUCUUGACCAUUUUUUAAAUUGAGGUAUCAAAUCAAAGAGCAGAUAUUAUAUUCUACUUUUCAGAUGUGAUUUCCUUUUUGAAACUCAGAUACCACCUGCCAAGUAUACUGUUUGGUAUCCUUUCUUCGAAUUUUUUUGCUCACUCAUAUAUGAAUGAGAAUCUUCUAUGUUAUACCAACUGAAAGAGGAGACAAUGAUAGGUAAUUUGCCUAUUGUAUUCGUGAUUAAGUAAUGAUAAAUCAUCAAUAAAUAUCAUAUUUGUUUUGUAUUGGAUGCACUGUAUAUUAUUGAAGACAAAGAAUGGAAUUACUAUGGUAGAUGUUAGUAUGAAUUUAAAACUAAACUUUAAUAUGAAUACUUUACAAUGAAGGCAGAUAUGCCUGGGUGAUAUAUGAGAACCAUAUUGAAUUUGAAAUUCUUUUAACUACUAGGACAUGUAUAAUAUCGAUUUGUUAAAUUUUUUCCAUGUCAUGUGCUGACAGAUAUGGUAGAAUGAAUAUUGCAAUCAGCAUCAGUUGAGACUGUUGCAUGUUUUCCUCCAAAAUAAUGAUUCACAUGUGUGUCUACCUAUUUCUAUUGCUAUGGCUUCGAUAACUAUUUUUAACUACAUAACUGUAAUACUAUGCCUCUUUGAAAAUACCUAUGGCCACUUAAACUCCCCCUUUAUAUAUUUUGGGGGAGUUAUCAUUAUUUAUGUAAUUCUCCCCAAUUCUAUUUGUAGGCCUACAUGCUGAAUGCUGAUAUACAUGUAGAUCAUGAGUGAGUGAACUGAAUCUGUGUUCAUAUAUUUCCUCUAUGCAGCGUCAGAAAUGAUAAAGAGACUUAAGUACUUUCUUUUUUGGUAGUUUACAGGGAUGUUGUGAUCAUUGUGUACAUACACUGUAUACAAUUCCAGAAUUUGAAUGAUAUUAUCCAAUGCAUGAAUUAGAUUUUCUGGAGCUUACAAGUUUUGCUGUUUUCGGAAGUGGAGACAAGUGAUGAUUAAAUACAUGUAUGUAAAAUUCAGUUUUUGUAUCUUAAAACAGUAUUCAUUAUUGUUUAUGAUACUAAAAAUAUAGAAGCUUAUAUUCUAAUAAUUUCUAUGAUAUUGAAGAUGCAUAGAAAUAAAGAAUGCACCAAUAACUCAGUGCACUGAAAUCUCAAAAUAACUGAUAACAAAAACAAAACAAAACAUGAAAAUGAGUUGCUAAAAGGAGACUAGAUACUGGAUCUCUGCAAGUUUAGGACCAGGGCCCCAUUUUAUAAAAAGUUGCUUCUAAAGCAACUCUUACUGGAAUGUCGACUUCCAUUGGAAGAGCCAAUCAGGAAGUAUUCCUCUUUUUUGUUUUUGUUUUUUGUUGGUUUUUUUUUGCACAUUGUGUAUUGAAUAAUGAUUAUUUCAAGUUGUUACAGCAAUUUAUAUUUAGGAUAAAAGUUGUUAUUCUUUGUGUGUAAACUGCCUAUUUUGUUGUAUUUUGAAGAAGAAAAAUCAUAUUCUGAAACUAAAAGACAAAGUUUGUAUACUAAGUAUUCAUUAUUUUUAUUGCUUUAAUAAAAAGAAGCGUAUUUAUCAGCACAAUGUACAUGUAUGUUUGUAGACCAUAGAGGCUUGAUAAACUUCAUAGCAUGUAUUUUAUCCCAUUAAUCUAUUUAAAAAAAAACUCGUAAUGUCAUGUUUAACUUCUUGAUGUACAUAUUGUAUCCAUGUUACAUGAAUAGUCGUUCAUUUGUCUAAUAAUGCAAUUGACCCAGUCUCAGAAAUGGAAAUUAGAGGGAAAAUGUGUGCAUCUUGCCUUUUGUACAAGAGCAGACCAGUUCCGUGCUUGCACAUACGUACCAUGUAUGAUAUCAGUCUUGCCUGUAAAUAGGAGGGGAUCAUCACUCUGACAUUUGAAACGAUAUGUUAAAAAACCUCAAACUCCCAAUGUUGAAUUUUCACCUAAACAAUGUUACCUAUAAACAACAAUACAUAAUUACACAUUUUAGCUGAAUAAUAGAGAAGAUUUGAUUUCCUUUUAAGUCUUGAAAGUCUGCCUUGUUGUGAGUUGGUGAUGUCUCUCUCUGAUUUUGUAUAACACAUUUCAUAUUAUGAUUGUUGUAAUUAUUUCAUAUGAAAUUAUCUGCAUGUAAUAUAUUUGCGUAUAGAUUUUUUGACUGAUGCUACAUGUAUUUGGUUGUUAGAUUGUUCUAUCAAUGUUAUUUACCGUACUGCAAAUCUGUUUUAUAGUAGCUUUUGCAUAGAGCCACUUGUACCGCAUAGAAAUGAUAGAAAUUCACAGUGAAUCCCCAAAAAGCCAAACUGAGUGAUGAUUAUCAACGAUAUAUCAUAACCUAAUCAAACAUACAAAUGCAGAGUGGCCAACUAUAUGUAUAGUACUGAUUUUAAAUAGUUAGUACUGAACAAUACUGAUGGUUUCAUGCAAAAUACUGAUUUCUAAAGUUUUGGUUUUAUGUGUUGUCCUAUGGUAUUUCCUAAUAAAGAUACUGAUUUUCAGCUUU